GACAGAGACAACUCGGAGCGUGAUUGGCAACACGUAAAAAUGUCAGAGGAUUUCACAGUUCUGCGAGAUUUGCAAUCACAUUUGCGAACUGCUCAGGUGCCAUUUGAACAGCUCUCAACUUUAGCACAACAAGGAGAUGAUAUGCAUUGGACUCUUCCUUUGGCUGACUAUCAGCUUGUAGAGAAAUUCCUGACAGAAAACAUUAAAAUUCAUGGGUCUGGUUUUGAAGUUCUGCAGAGUCAACUCUACAUUUCAUGCUUCUGGGGGCUGAGGGAUGUAGUUCAACAACUGUUAUCAAGAGGAGUUGAUGCUAACUUCCAAAAUAAAGGAACCUUGUGGACUCCGCUUCAUGCAGCUACAUUUCAGGAACAUGGACCAGUGGUCAUGGUGCUCUUAGAAAAUGGAGCCAGUCCGGAGAAGCCGGAUUCCGAGGGCAGGACACCAAAGGACUUUGCAUCCGCUUCUGAUAAGAUCUGGCCUCACUUUGCUGCCUUGGGAUUUGAAAGGACUCCAAGAAAGGAAUUAAUAGAAAAAAGUGUUAUCAAAAAGGUACAAGAUAUACAGGGCAGCCAUCGCAAAAGGAGCAUUAGAAUGGCCUCGGAUAGCCGGCCAGAAUCAGCAUAUGCAUACAACAGUGACCCCUUUAUCCAUGCUGCUGUGACGGGGGAUGUCCUCGCUGAUCAGGAUGAGGAGAAAAGGAAUUCCGCUGAGACGCCUCAGUUUUCCAUGUGGCGGUAAUGAAAGCCAUAACUCGUAGGAUAUAACUUCUUUGUCGUGAGUUUGUAGCUAAUGUCGUUUAAUCCUUCGUCUAUGUUUGUGUAGGAGUGUUUUCUCAGAGUGCGUCAAUGUGGUUCAUGUUUGGAGAGUAGGUGAUUAAGUUUCGAUAUGAUAUGGAGUGGUAAAGUUUAAGCUUACGUAUUCUUGGUGAAAAGUAUUGAAAUAGAUGAAUACUUGACGGAAAUAUGUGUCGCAGAAAAGUAUAUGGUUACGAAAGAAAGCGUUAAUUCAGGAAUAUAUGGAAACAAAUAUAUCCACUUUACACUUUGUAGUUUUAUCAAACAUCUCAUCACAAUGUUGACGAUCGGGGCAGGUUUAGCACUACCGAGUGUCUAUGAUCAAAUAUCAGGACAACGCUUUGUUUUAUCGUCACCUUUAUAUGACCAAUAAUUACGUGUUUUCUGUACAAGUGUAUGCAUACGCUGUAUAUUUGAAGAAGAAUCUUAAAUUACUAUCGAUGCUGGACUGAGUUAGAAUGUUUGAUGAAUUUUGCAAUUUUGUAUGCCACUUCCAAAUUUCAAUCUGUAAAUGAUAAUUUUGGUAGAUAUUGCUCUGUAGUACAUGUACCGUUAAAAGUCGGACUUGUGACCAAUGGAAAACCAUGUACAUUCGUAUGAUGAUGAAAACUUAGUUGUCAGAUUUCCCCCUGUUUUCGCAAAUUACAUGUACAAAUGAUCUCAUGUGAGCAGGAUAAAAAUGCAAUUGUACUUAGUUCUCAGUAUGAGUGUAUUGUUGCCGGCUGUUAUCAUAAUGUACUUAGGUCUCAAUAAGGGUGUGUUAUUGCAAGCUUUUAUCAUAAUAUACUUUAACAGUGCCAUUAUGAUUAGUCUUUAGAUCUUUUAUAUAUUAGCACUUAGUGAUGUUACAAUCUCUUGAUUCAUGGUAUCACGCGUAAUAAUUUUACUAUUCCUAUAGAGGGUAGGGAGGUUGUCGUUAUAAAAAUCACUUUUUGACCUAUUUCGUCUGCAGACACCGAAAAACAACACCCCUACGAAGCAUUCUCUCUCUCUCUCUCUCUCUCUCUCUCUCUCUCUCUCUCUCUCUCUCUCUCUCUCUCUCUCUCAAUCAAUCAAUCAAUCAAAGAUUACCCCCAAAUUCAGGUGUUUUACAUGCAUGUAAACACCACGAGUGCACCUCAAGAGGUAGCCUCGUCUGUAUCGUACACGUACAGCUGUAGCUAUAUCAAAUUGUUCCUUUGCAUACAACUGAUUAGUUCUACCAUUUACACAAAGUUUCCUGGAUCUGCCCCUGAUUUACACAAAGUUUCCUGGAUCUGCCCCUGAUUUACACAAAGUUUCCUGGAUCUGCCCCUGAUUUACACAAAGUUUCCUGGAUCUGUCCCUGAUUUACACAAAGUUUCCUGGAUCUGCCCCUGAUUUACACAAAGUUUCCUGGAUCUGUCCCUGAUUUACACAAAGUUUCCUGGAUCUGCCCCUGAUUUACACAAAGUUUCCUGGAUCUGCCCCUGAUUUACACAAAAUUUCCUGGAUCUACCCUUGAUUUACACAAAGUUUCCUGGAUCUGCCCCUGAUUUACACAAAGUUUCCUGGAUCUGCCCCUGAUUUACACAAAGUUUCCUGGAUCUGCCCCUGAUUUACACAAAAUUUCCUGGAUCUGCCCCUGAUUUACACAAAAUUUUCUGAUCAGGGUUACAAAAAUGAAGAGAAAAGUUCAUGGGGGAAAUGAGAAAAAUCGAGCACGGAAAAAUAUUUUUUUUAAAGUAUACGCACAUAUCUAUAGAAACGGGGCAAUACAAGGGAGAAGCAUUAGGUAACAUAAUAUGUACUCUGUGUUAUUUGAAAUGUGUAGAAGAUGAGUGUCACUUUUUACUACAGUGUACUGCAUACUCAAAUCUCAAAACAGAAUUGUAUACUAGUGUUAGUUGUAAACCCACAUUAUCUUUGUCAAGUUUCCGAAUUUCUCUAGACAAACUCCCAAAUUUAUCCAUUCAACGUAUAUUUACAGUCAUUGAUGUAUAUAAAUGUGUAUUAUUUCUAAUCAUUUCUUUAUCACUGUGACGUAUAGGUCUGAUGGGCCGAGUGUUUUCAAUUCGCAUAUGAUUAUACGAAAGGUUGUAUGGUAACAUAUGUCACUAUAAAACUUGAAUAUUAAUAGUUGUUCAUGCACCCUUGUAUAUAUAAUGAUAUUGUAUUUCAUACCUUUAAAGUGUUCACUGAAAAGUUAAUUAAGUAUUCAUGAAUUUAAUGAGAGUGUGUCUGUGUUGAUCCAUGCUCAUUUCUUGAGAAAUGGUCAUUGACUUAAUUUAUCUAAUUUAUUGUAACUAGUGAGUAUUGUUAGUUGACUGUUUGUUCGAUACUGUUUGUUCAUGUCAUCUAACACUUGUUAAUAAACUUUCCAACAGAC